CAUGCGCGUCCGCAACUCAUAACAGUAAUGGCGGACUAUUGUGAGAAAGAAAUGUCGCGUGUUCCAAUUCUUGUGAUUCUUGGUGCUACUGGUUCGGGAAAAACGAAAUUAAGUAUAGAACUUGCACAGAAAUUUGCCGGGGAAAUUAUUUCAGCUGAUAGUAUGCAGGUUUACAAAGGAUUGGACAUCAUUACGGCAAAAGUCAGCAGAGAAGAGAGAUUACAAGCACCACAUCACAUGAUAGACAUUGUGGAUCCAUUGGUCAAUUAUACAGUUGUUGAGUUUAGGAAUCGAGCUCUGUCUAUCAUUGACAAUUUGAAAAGCAGAAAAAAGUUGCCAAUCGUUGUAGGUGGUACCAACUACUAUAUCGAAGCACUUUUGUGGCAAAUUCUUAUAGAUGAACCGGAAGAUUCAAGUGAUAGUGAUCAGCAGUCAAAAAAACCGAGGCUGGAUACUUCUGAGACGAAUGAAGAGCUGCAUAAAAAAUUGGCACAAGUCGACCCACAAAUGGCACAAUGUCUUCACCCAAAUAAUCGACGAAAGGUGAUAAGAUCACUGGAAAUUUACGAAAAAUUCGGAAGACAGCAUUCGGAAUUACUGAAAUUGCAAAGAACUGGAGGCGGUUGUGGUGUUGGCGGUCCACUUCGUUACAAGGAUUUAAUAAUCUUGUGGCUACGUUGUGAUCAGGAGGUCCUUGACAGUAGACUGGAUGAAAGAGUUGAGUCGAUGGUUGAAGCAGGUCUAAUUCAAGAGUUAUUGGAUUUCCACGAAAGGUACAACGAAGACCGACUCAAAAAUAAUGCAGCACCGGAUUACACAAAAGGAAUCUUUCAAAGCAUUGGCUUUAAGGAGUUUCACAAUUACUUGAUACUGCCCGAAGAGGAAAGAAACAGCCAGAAGGGACAGCAGAUGUUACAAGAAAGCAUUGCGGAAUUGAAAUUAGUCACAAGGAGAUACGCCAGGAAGCAGAGGAAAUGGAUAAUGAAUAGAAUGAUUCGUCGAACUGAUAGACAAGUUCCAUCCAUUUAUUCUUUGAAUUGUACCAAUAUUGACAAAUGGACAAACGACGUGCUUGAUCCAGCGAUAGAAAUCGUUACCUCUGUUAUUCGGGGCGAGCAACCAAAACAAAUGUCAAUGAAUGAAAAUGUUGAAAAACAAAAGUCAACGGACAUUCUUAAUGAUACGCCUCACUUUUGCGAAAUUUGCGAAAGACUGUUUGUGGGCGAAUUACAAUGGAACAUCCAUCUGAAGAGUAUUAAGCAUCAAAAAGUUAUAGAAAAGAAAAAACGAUUAGAAAAAAGUAAAAUGGAACAAACAGCGUGAACAAGGUAUUAAAUAAUUAGGUCUGUUUUUUUUUCGAAAAUUAUAAUUUUUUUCUCGAAAUUUUAAUUUUCUUUUCAAAUAACAAUUUAGACUGGUUUUAAUUGUAUUGAUUUCUUUUGAUAUUUCUAAAGGAAGUAAUGUACAAUUGAACAAAAAAAUUUUUUUUAUUAACAUGUAUGAUUUACAUGUUUGUUAAUAAUAAUCACUGUGAUGAACGAAUUUUUUUUCGUAUCCAAAGAUAGAAAAAAAGAACUGAAUAAAUAAUCAACUGUUGGAAAUGUA